GGAUAGAGAAGCUUGUCCUGUGAGGGACUCCGUAGAGACACUCGUCCGCUGCCUGAGUCCCCGACGAACAUGGCGGCCCCCGAGUCAGGGCCGGCUUUGAGUCCAGGCACUGCAGAGGGUGAGGAGGAGACGAUUCUCUAUGACUUGUUGGUCAACACCGAGUGGCCACCGGAGACUGAAGUACAGCCUAGAGGCAACCAAAAACAUGGUGCAUCCUUUAUCAUCACGAAAGCAAUUCGAGAUCGUUUAUUAUUUUUACGCCAAUACAUCUGGUACAGCCCGGCACCUUUUUUGCUCCCUGAUGGACUGGUUCGCUUGGUUAAUAAACAGAUAAACUGGCAUUUGGUACUUGCAAGCAAUGGAAAGCUUUUGGCUGCUGUUCAAGAUCAGUGUGUGGAAAUCAGGUCUGCAAAAGAUGAUUUUACAUCCAUUAUUGGGAAAUGUCAAGUUCCGAAAGACCCGAAACCCCAGUGGAGACGGGUAGCAUGGAGUUACGAUUGUACCCUACUGGCCUAUGCCGAAAGCACAGGAACUGUGAGGGUGUUUGAUCUCAUGGGAAGUGAACUCUUUGUCAUUUCUCCGGCAUCUAGUUUUAUAGGUGACUUAAGCUAUGCCAUUGCUGGGUUGAUAUUUUUAGAAUAUAAAGCAAGUGCACAGUGGUCUGCAGAACUCCUGGUCAUCAAUUACCGAGGAGAACUUAGAAGUUACCUUGUAAGUGUUGGAACAAAUCAGAGCUACCAAGAAAGUCACUGUUUCAGCUUCAGUAGUCAUUAUCCUCAUGGAAUCAACACAGCUAUUUACCACCCUGGUCACAGACUUUUACUUGUUGGUGGAUGUGAAACUGCUGAAGUAGGCAUGUCAAAAGCUUCUAGCUGUGGCCUUUCUGCCUGGAGAGUUCUUUCAGGAUCACCGUAUUACAAGCAGGUUACUAAUGGUGGAGACAGGGUUACUGCAGUACCGAAGACACUGGGAUUAUUAAGGAUGUUAAGUGUCAAGUUUUACAGUCGCCAGGGACAAGAACAGGAUGGAAUUUUUAAGAUGAGCCUUUCUCCAGAUGGGAUGCUCCUGGCAGCCAUUCACUUCUCAGGGAAACUGAGCAUCUGGGCAAUUCCAUCUCUGAAGCAACAAGGGGAAUGGAGUCAAAAUGAGCAGCCAGGCUAUGAUGACCUUAAUCCUGAUUGGAGGCUCUCUACUGAGAAGAGAAAAAAAAUCAAAGAUAAAGAGUCCUUUUACCCACUGAUAGAUGUCAAUUGGUGGGCAGACAGUGCAGUGACUUUAGCUCGAUGCUCUGGUGCUCUAACUGUUUCAUCCGUGAAAACUUUGAAGAAUUUACUGGGAAAAUCCUGUGAAUGGUUUGAACCAUCACCUCAAGUCACUGCUACCCAUGAUGGGGGAUUUUUAAGUUUGGAGUGUGAGAUUAAACUUGCCCCCAAACGAUCUCGUUUGGAGACUAGGGCUGGAGAAGAAGAUGAAGGAGAAGAGGAUUCUGAUUCUGAUCAUGAAAUAUCUGCCAAGGCUCGCUACUUUGGUUAUAUAAAACAGGGCCUUUACUUAGUGACUGAAAUGGAGCGAUUUGCACCACCACGGAAACGCUCACGAACCAUUACUAAAAACUACCGCCUUGUGAGUUUGCGCUCCACGACACCAGAGGAACUUUAUCAGAGGAAGAUUGAAAGUGAAGAGUAUGAGGAAGCCUUGUCCUUGGCUCAUACCUACGGCCUGGAUACUGACCUUGUAUAUCAGAGGCAGUGGAGGAAGUCAGCGGUCAACGUUGCUUCAAUUCAGAAUUAUUUGAGUAAAAUAAAGAAGCGAUCCUGGGUUCUCCAUGAGUGUUUGGAAAGAGUUCCUGAAAAUGUGGAUGCUGCAAAAGAACUGCUUCAGUAUGGAUUAAAAGGCACAGACCUGGAGGCUCUUUUAGCAAUAGGGAAAGGAGCAGAUGAUGGCAGAUUUACAUUACCUGGUGAAAUAGACAUUGACAGUAUCUCCUAUGAAGAGCUUUCACCACCUGAUGAAGAGCCUGCCAAGAAUAAAAAGGAAAAGGAGCUCAAGAAGAGACAAGAACUACUGAAAUUAGUGAACUUUUCCAAGUUGACACUGGAACAAAAGGAACUUUGCCGUUGUAGACGGAAGUUAUUAACCUACUUAGAUCGACUUGCAACAUAUGAGGAAAUCCUAGGAGUGCCUCAUGCAUCUGAACAGAGAUAUGAUGCUGAAUUCUUUAAGAAAUUCAGAAAUCAGAAUAUUGUUCUCUCAGCAAGAACUUAUGCUCAGGAAAGUAAUGUACAAGCCCUAGAAAUUCUGUUUACUUACCAUGGUUCCGACCUGCUUCCUCAUCGCCUUGCAAUUCUGUCCAACUUUCCAGAGACCACUUCUCCACAUGAAUAUUCUGUUUUGCUGCCCGAAGCUUGUUUUAACGGUGACUCCCUGAUGAUCAUUCCUUGGCAUGAACAUAAACACCGAGCUAAAGAUUGGUGCGAGGAGUUGGCUUGCAGAAUGGUUGUUGAGCCGAAUCUCCAAGAUGAAAGUGAAUUCUUGUAUGCUGCACAGCCUGAGUUACUAAGGUUCAGGAUGACUCAGCUUACGGUGGAGAAGGUUAUGGACUGGUAUCAGACCAGAGCAGAGGAAAUAGAGCAUUAUGCUCGGCAGGUGGACUGUGCAUUGUCACUUAUUCGACUUGGGAUGGAGCGGAAUAUUCCUGGUUUGCUGGUUCUCUGUGACAAUUUGGUUACUCUGGAAACAUUGGUUUAUGAAGCCAGGUGUGAUGUAACUCUAACCCUGAAAGAACUCCAGCAGAUGAAAGACAUUGAAAAACUAAGAUUACUGAUGAAUAGUUGUUCUGAGGACAAAUAUGUGACAAGUGCCUACCAGUGGAUGGUUCCCUUUCUUCAUCGUUGUGAGAAACAGUCGCCUGGUGUGGCUAAUGAGCUAUUAAAAGAAUAUUUAGUAACUUUAGCUAAAGGGGACUUAAAAUUUCCCCUGAAGAUAUUUCAGCAUUCCAAACCAGAUCUGCAGCAAAAAAUUAUUCCUGAUCAGGACCAACUGAUGGCAAUAGCACUAGAGUGCAUCUAUACCUGUGAACGAAAUGAUCAACUCUCUCUUUGCUAUGACCUACUAGAAUGUCUGCCAGAAAGAGGAUAUGGUGAUAAGACAGAGGCAACCACAAAGCUUCAUGACAUGGUAGACCAACUGGAACAAAUUCUCAGUGUGUCAGAGCUUUUGGAAAAACAUGGACUCGAGAAACCAAUUUCAUUUGUUAAAAACACUCAAUCUAGCUCAGAAGAGGCACGCAAGCUGAUGGUUAGAUUGACGAGGCACACUGGCCGGAAGCAGCCUCCUGUCAGUGAGUCUCAUUGGAGAACGUUGCUGCAAGACAUGUUAACUAUGCAGCAGAAUGUAUACACAUGUCUAGAUUCUGAUGCCUGCUAUGAGAUAUUUACAGAAAGCCUUCUGUGCUCUAGUCGCCUUGAAAACAUCCACCUGGCUGGACAGAUGAUGCACUGCAGUGCUUGUUCAGAAAAUCCUCCGGCUGGUAUAGCCCAUAAAGGGAAACCCCACUACAGGGUCAGCUACGAAAAGAGUAUUGACUUGGUUUUGGCUGCCAGCAGAGAGUAUUUCAAUUCUUCUACCAACCUCACUGAUAGCUGCAUGGAUCUAGCCAGGUGCUGCUUACAACUGAUAACAGACAGACCCCCUGCCAUUCAAGAGGAGCUAGAUCUUAUCCAAGCCGUUGGAUGUCUUGAAGAAUUUGGGGUAAAGAUCCUGCCUUUGCAAGUGCGAUUGUGCCCUGAUCGGAUCAGUCUCAUCAAGGAGUGUAUUUCCCAGUCCCCCACAUGCUAUAAACAAUCCACCAAGCUUCUGGGCCUUGCUGAGCUGCUGAGGGUUGCAGGUGAGAACCCAGAAGAAAGGCGGGGACAGGUUCUAAUCCUUUUAGUGGAGCAGGCCCUUCGCUUCCAUGACUACAAAGCAGCCAGUAUGCAUUGUCAGGAGCUGAUGGCCACAGGUUAUCCUAAAAGUUGGGAUGUUUGUAGCCAGUUAGGACAAUCAGAAGGUUACCAGGACUUGGCCACUCGUCAAGAGCUCAUGGCUUUUGCUUUGACACAUUGCCCUCCUAGCAGCAUUGAACUUCUUUUGGCAGCUAGCAGCUCUCUGCAGACAGAAAUUCUUUAUCAAAGAGUGAAUUUCCAGAUCCAUCAUGAAGGAGGGGAAAAUAUCAGUGCUUCACCAUUAACUAGUAAAGCAGUACAAGAGGAUGAAGUAGGUGUUCCAGGUAGCAAUUCAGCUGACCUAUUACGCUGGACCACUGCUACCACCAUGAAAGUCCUUUCCAACACCACAACCACCACCAAAGCGGUGCUGCAGGCCGUCAGUGAUGGGCAGUGGUGGAAGAAGUCUUUAACUUACCUUCGACCCCUUCAGGGGCAAAAAUGUGGUGGUGCAUAUCAAAUCGGAACUACAGCCAAUGAAGAUCUAGAGAAACAAGGGUGUCAUCCUUUUUAUGAAUCUGUCAUCUCAAAUCCUUUUGUCACUGAGUCUGAAGGGACCUAUGACACCUAUCAGCAUGUUCCAGCGGAAAGCUUUGCAGAAGUAUUGCUGAGAACUGGAAAAUUGGCAGAGGCUAAAAAUAAAGGAGAAGUAUUUCCAACAACUGAAGUUCUCUUGCAACUAGCAAGUGAAGCCUUGCCAAAUGACAUGACCUUGGCUCUUGCUUACCUUCUUGCGUUACCACAAGUGUUAGAUGCUAACCGGUGCUUUGAAAAGCAGUCCCCCUCUGCAUUAUCUCUCCAGCUGGCAGCGUAUUACUAUAGCCUCCAGAUCUAUGCCCGAUUGGCCCCAUGUUUCAGGGACAAGUGCCAUCCUCUUUACAGGGCUGAUCCCAAAGAACUAAUCAAGAUGGUCACCAGGCAUGUGACUCGACAUGAGCACGAAGCCUGGCCUGAAGACCUUAUUUCACUGACCAAGCAGUUACACUGCUACAAUGAACGUCUCCUGGAUUUCACUCAGGCGCAGAUCCUUCAGGGCCUUCGGAAGGGUGUGGACGUGCAGCGGUUUACUGCAGAUGACCAGUAUAAAAGGGAAACUAUCCUUGGUCUGGCAGAAACUCUAGAGGAAAGCGUCUACAGCAUUGCUCUUUCUCUGGCACAACGUUACAGUGUCUCCCGCUGGGAAGUUUUUAUGACCCAUUUGGAGUUCCUCUUCACGGACAGUGGUUUGUCCACACUAGAAAUUGAAAAUAGAGCCCAAGACCUUCAUCUCUUUGAGACUUUGAAGACUGAUCCAGAAGCCUUUCACCAGCACAUGGUCAAGUAUAUUUACCCCACUAUUGGUGGCUUUGAUCACGAAAGGCUGCUGUAUUAUUUCACUCUUCUGGAAAACUGUGGCUGUGCAGAUUUGGGGAACUGUGCCAUUAAACCAGAAACCCACAUUCGACUGCUGAAGAAGUUUAAGGUAGUUGCAUCAGGUCUUAAUUACAAAAAGCUGACAGAUGAAAACAUGAGUCCUCUUGAAGCAUUGGAGCCAGUUCUUUCAAGUCAAAAUAUCUUGUCUAUUUCCAAACUUGUUCCCAAAAUCCCUGAAAAGGAUGGACAGAUGCUUUCCCCAAGCUCUCUGUACACCAUCUGGUUACAGAAGUUGUUCUGGACUGGAGACCCUCAUCUCAUUAAACAAGUCCCAGGCUCUUCACCGGAGUGGCUUCAUGCCUAUGAUGUCUGCAUGAAGUACUUUGAUCGUCUCCACCCAGGUGACCUCAUCACUGUGGUAGAUGCAGUUACAUUUUCUCCAAAAGCUGUGACCAAGCUGUCUGUGGAAGCCCGUAAAGAGAUGACUAGAAAGGCUAUUAAGACAGUCAAACAUUUUAUUGAGAAGCCAAGGAAAAGAAACUCAGAAGACGAAGCUCAAGAAGCUAAGGAUUCUAAAGUUACCUAUGCAGAUACUUUGAAUCAUCUGGAGAAAUCACUUGCCCACCUGGAAACCCUGAGCCACAGCUUCAUCCUUUCUCUGAAGAAUAGUGAGCAGGAAACACUGCAAAAAUACAGUCACCUCUAUGAUCUGUCCCGAUCAGAAAAAGAGAAACUUCAUGAUGAAGCUGUGGCUAUUUGUUUAGAUGGUCAGCCUCUAGCAAUGAUUCAGCAGCUGCUAGAGGUGGCAGUUGGCCCUCUUGACAUCUCACCCAAGGAUAUAGUGCAGAGUGCAAUCAUGAAAAUAAUUUCUGCAUUGAGUGGUGGCAGUGCUGACCUUGGUGGGCCAAGGGACCCACUGAAGGCCCUGGAAGGUGUUGUUGCAGCAGUCCACGCCAGUGUGGACAAGGGUGAGGAGCUGGUUUCACCUGAGGACCUGCUGGAGUGGCUGCGGCCUUUCUGUGCUGAUGACGCCUGGCCGGUGCGGCCCCGCAUUCACGUGCUGCAGAUUUUGGGGCAAUCAUUUCACCUGACUGAGGAGGACAGCAAGCUCCUCGUGUUCUUUAGAACUGAAGCCAUUCUCAAAGCUUCCUGGCCCCAGAGACAGGUAGACAUAGCUGACAUUGAGAAUGAAGAGAACCGCUACUGUCUAUUCAUGGAACUCCUGGAAUCUAGUCACCACGAGGCUGAAUUUCAGCACUUGGUUUUACUUUUGCAAGCUUGGCCACCUAUGAAAAGUGAAUAUGUCAUAACCAAUAAUCCAUGGGUGAGACUAGCUACAGUGAUGCUAACCAGAUGUACGAUGGAGAACAAGGAAGGAUUGGGGAAUGAAGUUUUGAAAAUGUGUCGCUCUUUGUAUAACACCAAGCAGAUGCUGCCUGCAGAGACUUUUAAAAAAAUUCACGACUCCUCAGAAUGCCUUCGUGACUCCUGCUGUUGCUCCUGGGACUUGCUUACUUACGGCCAUGAUGGUUUUCCUGAUGGAAAAUAUUACCAGCAGGAUGAGUGACUUUCUCACAGGUCCUGUGUACCACAGUCUCAAAAGUUAUGUAUCCUUCUUCUCAGCUUGUAUCCAUGGCAGUAUAUAAAGCCCUCUCAAGACUUGGGGAUAGGUAGAAUAAGAAAUUGGCAUAAACAGUUUGUUGGCAUUUAUAGAUGUAAAAUUCGGAGGUCCCGCUAUUUGUGACUGACCCUGAAGGUCCAUGAUUUCACUGAGACGAAACAUGGGUUAGUCACCGAUGCUUGGGGUCUGUUGUAUGGGAUUAAGUCACCCAGCUCAUGAGUGAGCCUUAAUAAUUCCCAGCUUCUAAAAGUCAAUGUGAUUGUUCUCUAUCAGGGUUGAGCCACUUUUGCUAAUGUCAAGAGCUUGAUUUUUAGAAUCAGUCAAGUUAUGCAAUAACGCUCAGGUUAUUUAACCAUUUUACCUCUGCUUUCCCCAUCUGAUUAGUAGGGCUGAGAUCACACCUUUCUCAAAGGAUUUGAGGAGAAAUUAAAUGAGAUGAUGCAUUUCAAAGCAAAGUAUAAAACAAACACUCGAUGUUCCGCUCAGAGCAGCUGCCUUGCUGGUAGAGAUCACAGUCCAAGAGGCACGGCUAGUGCCCUGGAGAUCGAGCAGCAGGCCCAGCACAACCUGAGAGGCUCUGGAGAACACAAAACCAAAGCCGCUGCAGUGCCCAGUUGGCCCAGGUACAGUGCCUGGUGGCCAGUGUGGAGGCCCAGCUGGCCAAGAUCAUGAUCAACCUGGGGCUGCAGAACCAGCAGUGCCAGGGGCUUCUGGACAUCCAGGCAACAGCAAUGGGAGCUCAGCCCAUUCUAGGCCUGCUGUAGGGCAAGGACUGCAAGCUGCCAUGCAGCCCCCAUGCAAUGCCUGGGGCAUGUGAUAAGCCCCUCGGUCUCUGCAUCACCAAUCCCUGCACACCUUGUGCCCCUAGUUCCUGCUGUGGGCCCUGCAACACCUUUUGAUGCUAGAUACUCCAGGGACAGUAGGAGAGUUGUGUGAGGACAGAAGGCAUAUGUGUGAACUGGUCCUGCUUCUCUCAUGACUGUCAGACCAUGGGAACAGUGCCCCAGUGCAUCUCAUAAAUCAUAGUCCACAGGGAGAAGAAACAUCCGGGUUUGUGGCCUGGCUCUAAGCCUGGGCCCACCUAGUCCUCUCCAUCCAAGGCAUUUCUUGUUCGUUCUGUCCUCAUGGUCUGACAGGUUUGAACUGCAAAGGCCUGUCAAAUGACGUGUUUUGUGGCUUUUCUCUGCUGCUUCGACCUUUCUUGCAGUUCCCCAAAUCCCUUUGUAAAUCUCUUAAUAAACGUUCUCUUGCAACACAGGGGGAAAAUAGCAAACAAACAUAGUAGAGGAUUUAGCACUUGAAGAUAGAGUAAGUAUUUGGCCAAUCACUGGUAGCUAAGAGAUGAAAAGUAGUCAGUGGCUCACCUAAAGUGGGUUCCUCCAUUCUUGGAUGUCCUUGCCUCUCUGUGUGCCAUCUAUCCAUUAUGCUUGCUCAGAGGGGCACACAGGUUAUUCCAUAAAAUUUGUCAUGAAAGCCAAGGUCAGCCAAGUGUCAUGCUAUGUCUAAAUAUCAUAAAUCCUUGAAAAUACAUGUUUACUCAUCACUGAUAACUUUUUGAGUGAGCAAAUAUGUGUUCAGAGAGGGAAUUAUAUACAAAGAGUUUUAGAUAUGGCAUGUACCAAGCAAGUUUAGAAUACAGAGAAGCAACAAUAUUCUUGCCCAAAAGCAAGGCAGGUAGACCGAUGAAUGACUACCAUAAUACAAGAUAAAAGAUAAGGUGGGAAAUAUUUAUACAGUACAUUUAGAACAUUGAGUGCUAACCUGGGACAUUCAAGGGUGCUUUUGCGGAGGAAGUAUAGUUUUUCUGUGCAUUUUUAAACUGAGACUUAAAGAGCAAGUAGACAGUUAAUCAGACAGAGAAAGAGCAAAAGUUACACUAUGUGCAAACACCUGGAGGUGUGAGAGUCCAGCACCCAGCAGCCACACUGCCUAAUAUGGUAGCUGCUGGCCCCAUGUGGCUUAUUAAACCCUUUAAGUAAAAUUAAAAAUGCAGUUCCUCGGUUGCACUAGCCCCACCUCAAAUGUACCUUGUGCCUUGUGGCUGCGGUAUUGGGCAGUGCAGAUACAGAAUGUGUGUGUUGUGUCAGAAGGGGCCCCGCACAUCACUUUGUGUGGAAUGCUUAGGUGGGGAGCACUGCCAUGACCCGAGAGGAGGAGGAAGAGGCCACAGGAUGCAGCCAGCCAGGCCAGAGUGCCAUGCUCAGGAGCUUGUUUCAUGCUCCCAAAUAAUCUUCUGCAGGUUUCGGCAUCCCGGAUGAAAAGUCUGCCUGUUUCUUUGCCCCAGAUGCUUGGUGAGACUGCUCUGUGUCACGUGUUCUUUCAGGCAUACACCGUACUUUUUUGAAUUAGAAUUCCCAAUGUAUGAGGAAUGUGUUUUACAAAAUGCUACCCUGCUGGUAUUGAUCAUUGUCACACAGGUUUGUGUAGCACAGCCUUCUACUCUGAAAUGUGAGGGCCUUGCAGAUUUCAAGAACUGCCAUGCUGGGUGAAAGCUCAAACUAUAAUGUGCAGAAUUCCUAAGAGAACUUUAUCCUGAGUUUAAAUGCGAGCUUACUUGUGUCAUUCUUAUUUUAUUGAUGCUCUAUAAUAAUGUAAAGCAAUUUUGAAAAUAUAGUAAAUUUGAGUUUUUCUUCUCCGAUCUGCUGUCUGAAUGGCACAAGAGAAAAUCAAUCCCGUGGAUACCAAUGAUCGUCAGUUCUUUAGAGCAACCCUUGCUUUAGUGUAAUGGAGUCAUUCACUGUCUGGUUUUUGGUCCAAAGUGUUCUCUUCUUUAUGUUACAGCUAAAGUCAGGACCUGAAUGGCAACACAGCUCAGCAGGGCAAAACAGAUUGCAAAUCUUAUUCUUAUUGUUUUAUGCUUUUGUUGUAAAGGAUUAUCAUUUGUUACCUUAUAUGAAAGCCUGCUCUGUGACCACAGGUUCAGUUAGUAAAAUAAAGGGCUGAGAAUAAAAUUCAGAUACACCUGUGGAGAUCCAAACACAUUUUCAUUUUUCUGCAACACAGAUAGUUUUCAUGAAGAUAGACUGUCUUAAGUAUAUUAAGGAGUCAAUUCAUUUUGACAUUAAAAUGAUAGACACAUUUUAAAAUAUUUUAUUUGCUGAUUUCCUUUGUUUCAGUGAAUGACAACUAGAGAUUGUUAACAAUAUUAGCAAUUGAUAAUACUUUUAUUAUUAUUCAGCCUCCACUAUAUGCUGAGCAUUGUAUGCUGUGUUCAUCAAUACAAACUCUCUCUCACACACACAUACACACACACACACACACAAAACACAAAACCUGCAAAGGAGCUAUAAAUACAUACAUUUUACUUAUGAGGAAAUUAGGGCUGUGAGAGUUUAGGAAAAUAAAUUAUACGACUAUAUCUGUACAAUGAGCAUUACAAAGCCAUUAAAAAGCAAUGUUGUCGAUGAAUAUCUGAUAGCUUGGAAAUCUGUACACAGUUUACUGUGAACCAAGUGAAGCAGGUAUCAACUCCCAUAUUCAGUAUAUCCAGUGCGGUACCAUAUGUGGCUUUACACACACACACACACGCUACCACAGAAAAAGGGGUGGAAUGAUCCAGCCAGAACCGCGCCGGUGAGAAGUACGUCGUGGAGUUCUUGCUCACC